GGCUCAUCACACACGGGACGCAGUAGGGUUUCGAUGCGACACCGCACCGGCGGUUCAGGUUCCUUAUUUCUUUUUGCAGUAAAACAACCACACGCAGAAAAAUCACUGACGGCUGGUUUUAUAAAAUAAGCGUCUCAGCUAUGAAGGGAAGGAUUUCUAGUUUGACUCUGCUGUGUCUGGUGUUGUCUGGUGUUGGUGCCCUCAAUGUGAACAUCCCACUGGAGACAUAUGAACAUGCCAGGGGUGACAACAUCACACUGCCCUGCAGCUUUACACCUUCCAAACCCCUAACCCCCGACAAACUAGUCAUCAUCUCAUGGUCUGCUGAGGCUGAAAAACUUAACGCUAAGGAGACCCUGAUCCUGACCCACUACUCUACUGGCCAUACUGACAUCAAAUCACUCUAUGAAGGCCGGGUGUCCGUGGACAUAGACAUCCCUUCUGGAAAGGCCAACCUAAAACUGUCCUCUAUCACACUAGCAGACAACAAGAUUUUUGAGUGUCGUGUCCAGAUCCCAAAUGAUGAUGAGGGCAAGCCAGCUGACACUGCACGUUUGGUGGUUCUAGUGGCUCCAUCUACACCCAUCUGUAAGAUCCAGGGUAAGACAGAGUAUGGCCAGAACAUCAACCUAACCUGUCUGUCUGAGGAGGGCUCCCCACCACCGACUUAUAAGUGGGAAAGCCGUGAUGUACAGAACGUGCCUCGUGCUGCACACCCCAGAACCACCACCAACGGAGGUAUCCUGUCUUUAUACAAUAUCUCCAAAGAGACAUCAGGAUUCUACAUCUGCACCUCCAGCAACAAGAUCCGCUCUGCUACCUGCAACGUCACCCUCGCAGUCAUGCCACCUUCCAUGAACAUUGGCUCCACUGCAGGAAUCAUUGCUGCCGUUGUUGCCUUUUUGAUCAUACUCAUCAUCGUCAUCUAUUGCUGCUGCUGCCGCAAGAAGAACAAAGAGGAGGAAUAUGCCAUGGGAGUCCGUGAGGAAGAGUUCCACGACAAAGAGCCGGUUAGUGAGACUGUCCGAGCUGAUGGGCAGGAUGACAAACCCGCUGAUCGCCGUGACCGCUAUGAGGAACGGAGCGAGCGCGGCUAUGACCACCGCAAGGACUACGAUGAUCGGCGCAGCGACUACGACGAUCGCCGCAGCGACUACGACGACCGACGCAGCGACUACAAUGAUCGGCGCAGCGACUACAAUGAUCGGCGCAGCGACUAUGACGAUCGACGCACCGACUACGAUGACCGCCGCAGUGACUACUCCGACCGCCGUGACAGGUACAGUGAUCGCAAUGAGCGCUAUGACGACAACCACCACUAUGAAGACGAGCGCCGCUACAAUGACCACAGAGACGACCGCUAUGAUGAGCCCUACGAUGAUCGUGACAAACCACCUGUGCCAGCCAACAAGCCACCAAGGAGGGACUAUGAUGACUAAGGCCUCCAGUCUUUACCAACCACUGUCCUCCAUCUUAUAUUUUAUUUUCAUUGACUUUCCAACUGGCUGCCAGUUACUUCACACUCAAGGUGUGACCUAAUUGGCUCAAUCAACAUUUUGCCUCAAUGGACCUAGUUAUGACAUAAUUGGCACGGAAAAAACGGCUAUACUUAUUCUAGAGUUAAGCAUAAUCUGUUAUUACAUGUUUGAGAGGUGGAAACAGUUUUAGGGUUGGGUUGUUUAGAGGUGUGAUUUGAAGCACAAGACUGGGAGGAUCAGUUGGGGAGGGGCAGGGAACCAAAUCGGUGGCCACAAAGUCCAUCUAAUCUGUUUUUAACAGGGAGUGGGUGGGUGUGGUCAACAGGUGAAAUCCCUCUAGUUUUCACACUGGCACUAACUGCUCAGGGCAAAAUCUGUACCUUUCUUGUGCAGCAAAACUCACGUCAUAUAAAGAUUAGGAACUUAGCAAACAUUUCACAGAUCCCCAAAUGUGUACACACAAACACACACACACAUAGUGGGGUCUGAAAUCUGAGACCACUUUCCCAUUCAGUACAAUAUUAGUACUAUAUGAGAGCAAUGGCAUUAACAGCAGACUGUUAAUGCUCUGUUAAUAAUUUUCUGCGAUAUACAGGAAGCUAUUUCCUGUUUGACUUUGAAAUGUAUGUGAAUACACAGUCAGGUUUAGUCACAUUCUAAAGUAGAGACACAAACACAUGCUGUAAGAUAAAACAUGCAACCCCUGCUGUCUGAUGUGUGGAAGAGGGUUGUGUAAUCAGGAAAUUAUGUGGAAUUUUAGCUUUAAACCUGAUAUGUAGACAUUGUUAUGCAAGAAUGUUCGUUUGUCUUGAUGGCUUCUGCUGUUGGGUGUAACUGGUGGUUUGUUUUAAUAAGAAGCUACCACUUCAUACUAUAGAAAAGUUUUUGUCAUUCUUUAUGCUUACUGGAAUUCUUUUUGUUUACUGAGUUAGAUAGGCUUAGUCUAUAUUCUUGUAUAGAAACAGAGGCACUGAACCAGUUUUAUCAUCCAUUCUAUUGAGUGCUUUCAGUUUCUUAAUUUCUUUCUUUUUUAAACCACAACAUUAUAGAAACUAGAACUUCUCAGAUCUCUCACAGUCCCACAGAUCUCUCAUGUUUUUUAUGUUUUGUAAAUGAAAAUCAUAAUUUUAGUAAUAUGUAUAAACUUUGAACAUAUACAGUACAUAUCCUCCUUUUUACCAUGUUACCUUCAAAGAUGUUUUUAUGUUGAAGAGAUUUCUGUUGAAAUGCAAUGAAAAAUGACAAUCUACAUGCUAGUAUUUUAUGUCAGCAAUAAUAAUGUUGCCAGUUUUCACUGAGAUUUAUCAAAAUUUUGUGUAAUUGUGAAACAUUCGGCGUUUGUGUUCCAAUAU